ACUUUUGUUGACAUAUUUGUAAUUGUUCAAAAAGUUGUUACUAUUAACAUGUCGCUGGGGUAAACUAAUCACAUGAUGAGUGGACGAAGAUUGGCCUCGUGUUCGGCAGUGACAGCUGUGCUGCUGCUGCUAAUAAUUAGCGGUUCAGUUAUCUCGUCGGAUGAAUCAUUAUUUCCUCGUUUCGUGGAACCCGUCACGAACGUGACGGUGACCGUGGGUCGCGACGCGCUCCUAGCUUGCGUCGUCGAAGACCUACGAGGUUAUAAGGUAGCGUGGGUCCGCGUGGACACGCAAACCAUCCUAAGCAUCCACCACAACAUAAUAACUCAGAACGCGCGCAUCAGCCUGUCGUACAACGACCACCGCUCGUGGUACUUACACAUCAAGAACGUGCAGGAGGUGGACCGCGGCUGGUACAUGUGCCAGGUCAACACCGACCCUAUGCGCUCCAGGAAGGGAUACCUACAGGUUGUGGUGCCGCCCGUGAUAAUAGACAACAUGACAUCAACGGACAUGGUGGUACGGGAAGGUACCAACGUGACCAUGGUCUGCCGAGCCACCGGCUAUCCUGAACCAUACGUCAUGUGGAGGCGAGAAGAUGGACAGGAGUUCAAUUGUAAUGGGGAGUCUGUGAACGUGGUAGACGGGGAAAACUUAACAAUCUCCAAAGUGUCCCGGCUUCAUAUGGGGGCUUACUUGUGCAUCGCAUCCAACGGCGUGCCGCCAUCGAUCAGCAAGCGGGUCGUGCUAAUGGUACAAUUUCCACCGAUGCUGUCGAUCCCAAAUCAGUUGGAAGCUGCAUACAUUGGGCAAGACGUGACGCUGGAGUGUCACACUGAGGCGUAUCCCUCCUCCAUCAACUACUGGACCACGGACCGUGGGGACAUGAUCAUAUCAGGAAAUAAAUACAUCACUUCACUGAGCGACGACAGUUACAGUCGGAAAAUGAAAUUGACUAUACGAAGAGUGUCGUCAAGAGAUUUUUCAUCUUACCGCUGCGUCGCCAAGAACUCCCUCGGCGAGACAGAUGGACUCAUCCGACUUGACGAAAUCCCCGCACCUUCAACUACUAGCACUACGGACAACAACGUUCCCACAUUUCCACAAAGGAAAAAAGGUAAACAUAAAAACCGUUGGCGGGACAGUUCCGCAGAGAACCGAGUCAUAGGAGACUACGAGGUAGAAGAGUGGAAAGAUGUCGAUUACGAGUCGACCCAGUCCUCGCGGUCUGCCAUCAGCCGCAGCGUCCUAUUCGUCAUCAUGGGAGGCUUACUGAUAGCCAGCUGACAUACGGCUACCAUCAACAUCCACGUCACGUCGUAGUGCCAAUAAAUAUUUGUGCUAAAGAAACUAUAUAAAUAGCGGUGAUAAACAAUUAUAAUAGGAUAGGUGCUGUGUCAUUCGUAAAGUUAUCAAAUAGAAACAUUGCAACUAAAUACAUUAUUUAACACCUGUUAUUCACAUCGAAAGUAUCAAUUAAUUUUACAUUAAAUGCAUUUAUUUUCACUGUAAGGAUAUUUUUAUGGAGAUGUAGUAUCUAUCUAAUAUAAAUUGUAAAUAUUUUUCGAUAUAAUUGAAAGACUGAUAGAAUUGUACGGUAAAUGUGCCAUAUCUUAUCCCAAAUAUUGUUUUAGCUUUAAAAGAUCUCGUUAAAAUACCUAUUACUUAAUAAUUUUAAUUUACAAUGAAUUCGAUUAAUUUGUACUAAAAUUGCCAUAUAGCUAUCCAAUAAAAAAUGUCUUCACAUAAAUGAGACAAGUCACUACCCACACAAACCCUGUACAACGAGUAAUUUUCGAAUGAUCUAAAAAUACUUUAUAAGUUUUCACAUUGUAUGUACGGUACACGUUACGUUCCAUUCUACGUACUUGUGCGCAUUAAGAUAGUAUCGUGCCAUUAACACUCGUUACAAUUACUCACUCGCCGGUUACACGAGCAUCGGUUAACUCGGAAUUAUGUUAUGACUACGUUUUUUUGCAAAAAGUGUAAUAAUUAAACUUGUUUCAAGUUUAUUCUAGUGUUUGUUCGUCUUCCUACAAUGUUCAGUCAGAGAGAAUCAAUUCUUUGCUUUGUGUUUCUUUUUCUCUCAAUUUGUCUUACAAAGUUUAAGAUACAAAAUCGAGAAACUGUUCGGUUUUUGUACAGUUCCAUUUUUAUCGUCUUGCAAUGUAUAGAUACGUACCUACAUUAAAUUCCGAGUAAAUUCAUUUUAUAUAAAAACAAAUGAAUCUUUACAUUGUAAAAAAAAUGUAUGGAAAACCCUAGCGGUAAAUUUCUAUGGUAGUAACAUGUCUGAAAGGCUAUCGUAUUCAGAGGCUAAUAAAAGACAAUAGAAAUGGCUCGGUAUAUUUUCCAUUUAAAUAUAAUACAAUAUUGUAUUGCAUAACAUACACUCAUGUAUUGGGAGAAGGUUCUGAAAGAUCCUACUUUUAAGUAAAUGUAGGACUUUCAUAAGAAAGGUCUUAUUAUCUCGCCACGUUUACAUACUAAGCCUAUUCUUACCAUCAUCAGAUCUAUGCAUCGUGUUAAUGCUCACAAAAAUAUUUCAAUGUGAAAGAACAAUAACACUUGUAUCGAUCGGGUUUCGCGUGCUUGCCCUUAAACUUCAUACACUUUUAAACCGAAUGUUUGUUGGGAAAUAAAACUUAGGUUUCAAUUAUUAUAUUGCAAUAACAUUGAUUGCAUUUGAUUGCCUUGAAGCCCCAUAAACUGCUCCGAAAAUGUAGCGUUCAUCGAUCUGUGUUUAGCUCGAACAAGCCAAUUGAGUUUCUAAAGUUCACUGUCUCUGUAGUGCAUUUUCAAUGAUCAAAGAAAAUGAUAACUUAAAACAAGUUGCUUCUAUAAAUACCUACAUGAUUUGUUCCUUGAAAAGCUUUAUAAUAUAUUUAAUGUAAAUAUAAGUUAUGUUAUACUAUAUGAAAUGAAUAUAAACUGUAAUUAUGUUUCUUGUUUCUUACCAAUGUAAUCCACGUACGAUUCCGUACGAAUUCUUUUUGUAAAUAAACUCAUCACUUCUGCAAUAAAGACAAUAUGGCGUGCUUUGUAAUAUAAAUAAAAUAGCUAUGUAAUAUUUCAACGUACUCCAAAGCUUGCGUUUCAUAUUAGAUACAUCUUUCUAUAGAACAUGGUUAUUGUUUGUACCAUUUCCAGGAAUUUUAUAGCGAAAUAUAGAUGGAAUUCCAUUUUAUUUAUACACGUAGAUUCGGAUUAAAUUAUACUAACUAGUUAUGUAUAAAUAUAAGAUCCAACAUAUCUUGGAAAUUGAUUAUUUCUACGU